AUGAAAUCGCCGAUCAAUCGUUGUCGCCUCGUUCAGAAAACUCGAUCCAUCCCCGAGACUGUUAAUGUCGAUCGAGAUCAGUACCGAAAACGGUAUCGAAGACACGAGCGUAACCAAGACAGAGAUCGUGAAUUUUGUGAUGAGAAAUUAGCGAAGGUAGAGAUUGAGAAGGAUCUAAUCGCCAUGAAAGAGCAAUACCUAGGAACUACAAAGCCUAAGAAGAGAGUCAUCAUCAAACCAAGCGAGAAAUUCUGUUUUUCUUUCGAUAGGGAGAAAUCUGAAGAUACUUCGAAAGGAGAAGAUAUGAAUGUUCAUGAAGCUCAGCUUCUGUUUGGUAGAGGGUUUCGUGCAGGUAUGGAUCACCAUGAACAGAGAGCUAAGUACAUGAAUGUAGAUAAACAUUGGAAAGAGAAGAAGUUAAAGGAGAUGAAUGAAAGAGAUUGGAGAAUUUUCAAGGAAGAUUUCAACAUUUCUUUCAAAGGAACCAAGAUUCCUCUUCCUAUGAGGAAUUGGGAAGAAAGUAUACCUCUUGGACUUCAACAGCGAGACGUUAUCGGUAUCGCAGAGACUGGUUCUGGCAAAACCGUUGCUUUUUUAUUGCCAAUGCUAGCUUAUAUAUCUAGAUUACCACCAAUGAGUGAAGAGAAUCAUAUGGAAGACGAGACUGUUAAGUUUGCGCGUUAUUUGGGUUUUAGAGUGACCUCUGUUAUUGGCGGGGAGUCGAUUGAGAAACAAGGGUUGAAGUUAUCGCAAGGAUGCGAGAUUGUGAUUGCCACGCCUGGUCGAUUGCUCGAUUGUAUUGAGAGACGUGCCACAAUGCCUUGCGGUGUAGAGAAGCUCGCUAAAAAAUACUUGAGGAAUCCAGUUGUUGUUACCAUUGGUAAUGCAGAAAAGGUCACGGAUUCAGUUUCUCAACAAGUGAUCAUGAUCAAAGAAUCAGAAAAGUUCUCCAAGUUAAAGAAACUGAUUGAUGAGCUUGGUGAUGAUAAGACAUCGAUUGUGUUUGCGAAUACACAGAAUAAAGCGGAUUCCAUUGUUAAGAAUCUAGAAAUGUUAGCAAGGUUUCGCGUGACAACAUUCCACGGAGGGAAGUCGCAAGAACUGAGAAAAAUCAGUUUAGAAGGAUUUCGAAGUAAGAGAUUCAACAUUCUCGUUGUAACAAAUGUUAUGGCCUGUGGGAUCGAUGUACCUCACGUUGCACAUGUUAUCAACUAUGAUAUGCCUAAUGAGAUUGAGAUUUAUACCCAUCGGAUUGGAAGAAAAGGGCGUGCAGGGAAGAGAGGUGUUGCGACAACGUUCUUUCUUAACUCUCGAGGAUACAAAUAUGUUUUACAGUCUGAAGCAGAAGCUUGUUGA